AUGGCUUGGGCUUGUGUUAUGCCUGAAGAGUUAUCUAUUGUUCCAAGAGGUCUGGUAUGUUUAGCUAAUCUUAAUACACGUCAACAUCCAGUACAUCGUUCUAUUUGGGAAUUACUUGAUAAAGAACGAGCUAAUGCACCACUACGUUAUCGACUUGUAGAUAUCGAUGAACAAUAUCCACGUAGCAAAGCAAAACGUGCUACAUAUGAAUGGUAUGUUCCAAAAGGCAUACUCAAAACAAAUUGGAUGCAUAAACAUUUACAUUUAGUACCAAGUUUAAUAGUUAUCUUUUUUGAACUUGAUUGGAAUGAUUCAUUAUUUAAAGAUAAACAAAUUGAAUUAAAAAAUAAAAUUGAUAUGGUCAGAACAAAUCUUGAUGCUCGUGCUGCUGCUAUAUCAGUAGUACUUCUUCAAAAUAAAAAUAGUUUUCCAACGGUCGACGAUGUCUAUAGUUCCGAACGUGAUCAAAUGGCUAAUACACUUUGUAAUUAUUUUGAUAUACCAAAACGUUCUCUAUGUGUUUUACCUGUACUUCCACAACCUGAUAAUCUUUCUGCAUGGAUUGAUAGAUUAGAACAAACAUUUAUUGAAAGUAGUCAAAAUUAUUAUACGAAUGAAAUACGUCGUGUUAAAAAACAUAAAGAAACAUUAAAUAAUAUAACACAUCAAUUAUUACAUAUACGUCAUCAAUUUAAAGUUGGAUUUUUUUCUGAACUUAAACAAGAUAUUCCAAGUGCUGUUAAAUCAUAUAAAAAUGCAUAUAGUUAUUUAACAGAAAAUGCUCGUAUUCAUGAUACAAAUAUACUUGAAAUGAAAAUUAUAGCUGGAUUUUUAACUUAUAAAAUAUGUCGAAUUUCAUUUGAAUUAUCUCAACCAGUUGAAGCAAUUAAUCAUUUUCGUCGUCAUGCUGAUAUAUUUAAAAGUAAAAUAGGUCCAACUGAUUUAGUCUUCGAACAUAAAGCAUGGCUUUCAAAACAAUUUCAAACAUUUGGUGAUUUAUUUACACGUUGUCCAUUAGCAAUACAAACUCAACAUCCAGGUUUUUAUUAUCAAGAAGCAGCUUAUCAAUCUAUGGCUCGAAAACAAAUUGCACAAACAUGUCGUCGAAUUGAACAAGCUGAUUUUGAUCCAAGUGAAUUUUUAAAAGCAACAGAAUUUUUUGGACAAAGACCAUGGAGACAACAUCAUCAAAGUAUGGAAAUAAGUGAUGCUCAGAAAGAACGAGAAGCCAUUGCUGCAUUACGAGAUGCUGAAUCUCGUGUAAAUCAUUCUGAAUUAAUUAUUUCAUUGUUAGUUCAAGCUAUUAAUCAUUUUAAAAAACAUUCAUCAAAUCGAAUGAAACUUUAUUUAAUGUAUGAUCUAGCUGAAGAAUAUGUAUCAAGUAAAAAUUAUGAUACAGCAUUAAAUUAUUAUAAUCAUAUUGUACAAGCUUAUCGAACUGAACAUUGGUGGCCAAUAUUAGAAGCGAUAUUACCUGCUGCAUUAAAAUGUGCUUAUUUGAGUGUUAAUCUUCCAGAUUGGAUACGAUUUAGUCUUGAAAUACUAAAUCCAAAUAUUAAUUUAUCAAUUCAAGUAAAAACUCAAACACAAACAAAUCUUGAAAAUUUAAUUAUUAAAAAUAUUGUACCACAAGUUGAAUCUAGUAUAUCAUCAAUAGAUGAACAAUGGAAGGCCAUACCUAAGAAACAAACAAUUCCAAUUGAUGCUGAUACAUUUAAAGGACUUUUGGAAUGCAAAGUCUAUUUUACUCAUGAAGCUGUAUCAGUUGAUAGUGAAAUUACACUUCAAGUUGCGCUCAAAAAUGAUUUUCCAUUACCUAUUGAAUUUAGUCAAUUAUCAAUACAUUUUAAUUUAAAAGAAUACGAUGGUUCAGCUAAUGUUACUAAUAGUGAACAAUUAAAAUUUUCACCAGGUGAACACCGAAUAUUAAAUUUUAAUUUUGCACCUAAAAGUGAUCAUGUUCAACGAAUACUUGAAAUUAUAUCUGUUUCAUUAACUUAUGGAACAAUAGAUCAAACUCAUAUUGAUUUUCAAUGGCGAACUACUUUACAAAUAAAUCCAUCAUUUCAACAAACACCUCUUACACCUAAAUGGCGAACAAAAGCUGGUCAUAUUCUAUGGGAAAAUUUACCAAUUCGACGAAAAAUAAAUAUUAUUAUGAGAGCAGCAGAAGUACAAUUAACUGUUGAACAUCAAUUACCUGUACUUCUCUAUGAAUCUUAUCCUAUUAAAAUUCGAAUAAAAAAUUGUGAAAAUGUUGAUAUACAUUCAGCAAUUUUGACUUGUAUGUGUUCAAGUUCAGAUGAAAUCUCUCAAACAUCAGAUGAUACUUUUCUUUCUUAUGCAAUAACGGAUAGUAAUAAUGAAACAACUGCACAUUUAUGUUCAAUGACAUUUGCAACAAUUAAAAAUGAUGAUGAAAUUGCUCAAGAUUUAUAUAUACGAUGUAAUAAUAAUCGUCUGCGAGAUAUUACUAUUCGGCUGUCUUAUGAACGAUUAAACUUAUAUUGUAUGAAAGAAGUAAUCAUUCAAUUAGCUGUUGUUAAUCCAUUUUCUAUUCAAUUUCAAACAAUGGGAAUGAUGAUGGAACCUCUUGCUUCAUUACGGGCUCAAGAACCAUUCAUUUUAAUGAUUGAUACAAAAUGUACAUCAACUAUUCCAAUUACUAUUGUUAGUAGCAAUUUUAAACCUAGUCAAUUUAUUAUUAGUGAAUGUGCAAUUGAAUCACAAGUAGACAAUAUACAAUUAAAAUUAGAUGAAGUAGUAACUGAAGGUUUUUGUCUUCGUACUCAACCAAUAGCUGCACCUAUUGUUCAUAAUCUUCUUGUUGGUGAUUAUAGUUUAUAUUGGAAACGAUCAAGUCAUCCACAUAUUCCUGAAUUAUGUACAACAUUUUCAUUAUCUGAUUUUAAUGUUGAACAACAACAAGUUUAUAUUGAAGUAACAAUACCAAAUAAUGUACCUUUACAAGAACCAUUUCAAAUAAAUUAUCGUGUUCAUAAUCGAUCAAAUAUUGUUCAUGAAUAUAAAGUUAAUCUCGAACAAAUUAAUCUUAUUGUUGCUGUUUCUGGUAGUACAAUGACAUCAUUACUUGUUCCACCACAUAGUUCAUCAGAUGUUAGUUUUACAUUAAUUGCAACACUUUGUGGUUUUGUUCAAUUACCAAAAUUUAAAUUAUCAAUGAUUCGUCCACAAUCACAAGAAAUUGAUGAAUCAAUUGAUAAAACAUUACCAACACAUAUUUUUGUUGUACCAUCAUCAAAAAAUGAAUAA